GACUUUCUUCUUUGGAUUAUAAUCUGUAAAAUUGUUGCAUUCCUGUGUUAUUUCUUUUUUUUUUAAUUUUAAAGAAUAUAAUUAUUGGCUGUUAAAAACGCUGUAUUCUGAUAUUGUCUUGGAUUUAGAUGACUUGGAUUGUUUUAAUUAGCAAAUUUGGCCUGGCACCUAUGAAUGUGUUUUUAUGUUGAAAAAGAAUACCGGAAGAAAAAUGAUAUGAUAAAUGGUGCAGAACAGGUACAAGACGCCUUGGUGUUCCCAGAAUUUCACAGUGUGUAUGGAAGUUGUGGUCUACUGUGGUAGAUAUAUACAGAAGAGCUAAGGAUUACUGAGUAACAAAGAAUAGUUGGAAGGAUUUUAAUGCUGGAAGGGGCAUGACACUAGGAACCUGUGUAAAGGUAUAACAGCCUGGAGCCAAGACUUACAGAAACAUAAUUAUAUAGAGGGCUAAAUAGUGCUGAAAGAUAAUAUUGAUGCUCAGGAAGAAUAAAUUUUUGGAAUUGCACUUCUUAAAUAGGUUAAGUUUUGGAUAGAAAGAAGAUGGAGAUUUACUGAAAAUAUCUGACAACAAGUCUUGAGUACACAUUAAAUAUAGAUACCCACAAUGCCUAGCAAGCAGGCAUUUUGCUGGUGUUUUGGCGGGAGACCUCCAGAUAUAAAGUAUGGUAUAGAUGGUGAGACACAGCUGAAGGCAAUGACAGUAGACAUCCCCAUGCCUACAGAUGAGAAUGAGCUUAAUACAAUGUUUGAGGAGCUUGUGGCUGAGCUGGACCUAGACAAGCCACAUAGAGAUGCUUUGUUUAACUUACAACCAGAGAAAAAAUGGCAGAUUUACUGCAGUAAAAAACAGGGUCUUGGGGAUGCGAACUCACCAGGGUACUAUAUUGACAGAAUCAACUCAAUGUCAACUAUAAUCAGCUAUAAUGAAGAAGAGUUGGAACAAAGGGAGAAAACUGUGGAGAAUCUUAAAACAGCUCUCAGAACACAACCUAUGAGUUUUGUGACAGAGUUUUUGGAGCUGGAUGGGUUACAAUGUCUGGGCAACUUCCUCACUAACAUGGACUACCAAGUUGCAGAGAGUAGUAUACAUACAGCUGUUAUAGGCUGCUUUAAAGCUCUGAUGAACAGCUCUCAAGGACGAGCUCAUGUACUUGCGCACCCUAACAGUAUUAAUGUGAUAGCCCAGAGUUUGAGCUCGGACAAUAUCAAGACUAAAAUUGCUGUGUUUGAGAUACUGGGAGCCAUGUGCCUGGUACCCGGCGGACACAGAAAGGUCCUUGAGGCUAUGAUACACUACCAGAAAUAUGCUGCAGAAAGAACGCGGUUCCAGAGUUUGGUAUAUGACCUUGACAGAAGUACAGGUGUGUAUCGGGAGGAAGUUAAUCUGAAAACUGCCAUAAUGUCAUUUAUAAAUGCUGUACUGAGAUGUGGGCCAGGAAAGGACUAUCUUGAGUUCCGGUUACAUCUACGAUAUGAGUUUCUAAUGUUAGGUAUACAACCAGUUAUAGAAAAACUCAGAAAACAUGACAAUGCUACAUUAGACAGACAUUUAGAUUUCUUUGAAAUGAUGAGAAAUGAUGAUGAAAAAGUGCUAGCCAAAAAAUUUGAAGGUGCUCAUGUAGACACCAAAAGUGCCAGUACAAUGUUUGAGCUCCUCCGGAAGAAGUUGUUCAUGGCUCCAGCUUACACCCAUUUGUUGUCAUUACUGCAGCAUUUACUACUCAUACCUUAUGCUAACUCAAGUUAUACAACAGGAAUGUGGUUGUUAAUAGACAAGAUAGUCCAACAAGUUGUUCUACAGAAAAAUGGUCAUGACUACGAUUAUGAAACUUUAGAAAUAAAUGUGAAGAAAACUAUUCUAAUGCUUACCAAUGAGACAGAUAUAAAAUCAUAUCAACAAAAGUUACGAGAGGUUGAAAAAGCAAAUGAUGAGAUUCAAUCAAAACUGACGAAAAAAGAGCGUGAAGCCGAGAUACGUACACAGGAGAAGGAAGAACUGUUAGACACGGUGAACAAGAUGAAAACAAAGCUUGAGAAAGAGACAGCUGGACAUCAGGAAACUAAACAACAUAUAAAUGAUUUAAAUAGACAUAUAGAAGAAUUAAAAGCUCAAUUAGAGGCAGAGAGAGGUGAAAGAAUGAAGCUUCAACAUCUGGUAAAAACUGGAAGUCUACCAGAUGAUGCUAAAGUUGGCUUAUCUUCAGUUUCUGUGAUAUCUGACCUCAAGUCAAUGUCAUCUGUUCCCAUACCAACCAGUAGUGUUCCACCACCCCCGGCCCUGCCUCCACCUGGACUUGUUCCCCCUCCACCUCCUGCUCCAGGUGCCCCACCACCACCAUCAAUGUUUGGUGUUCCAGGAACUGCUCAACGUAGAAACGUUCCAAAACCAAAACAACCUCUUAAAUCUUUUAACUGGACCAAACUAGAUGAUAAUAAAAUCAAAGGUUCUGUAUGGAAUGAUCUCGAUGAUACAAAAUUGUAUUCUUUACUUGACCUUGAAGAUUUUGAGAAAACAUUCUCGGCAUAUCAGAAAAAGCAGCAGGAUGAAACAGAUGAUGCUAAGAAUUCUGGGAAAACUCCACAAAAAACAAAAGAACUUUCUGUGAUUGAUGGUCGACGUGCCCAGAACUGUACUAUUCUUCUAUCAAAGUUAAAAGUGAGCAAUGAGGAGAUUAAAACAGCAGUAUUAAACAUGGAUGAGCAUGAAGAUAUACCAAAGGAUAUGUUAGAACAGUUAUUAAAAUAUGUGCCAACCUCAGAAGAAAUGCAGCUUCUUACAGAGUUGGGAGGAGAAACAGAAAAUCUGGCAAGAGCUGAUAGGUUUUUGUUUGAAAUGGGGAAAAUAUCACACUAUGAGCAAAGAGUAAGAGCUCUAUAUUUCAAGAAAAAGUACCAGGACAGAAUGUCAGAUGUGAAACCCAGAAUUGAGGCUGUGUUUGAAGGAUCAAAACAAUUGAUGAGAAGUAGGCGAGUAAAAAAACUGUUAGAAUUAGUGCUGGCACUUGGUAACUACAUGAAUCGUGGUCAGAGGGGAAAUGCACGAGGCUUUGCUAUUAUCAGCUUGAACAAUAUGGUUGACACAAAAUCUGGAGUAAAUAAACAAGUGACACUCUUACAUUACCUCGUGGAAACUGUAGAGAAAAGGUUUCCUGAUGUAACAAAAAUUGAACAAGAUCUCAGUUUGGUACAUGCUGCUUCUAAAGUCAAUUUUUCGGAACUUGACAAAGAACUUGGCACAUUACGUACUGGACUGAAAGAGAUAGAGAAAGAAUUGACCUAUUUCCAGAAUCAGCCUCAAUUACAUGGGGACAGAUUUGUUACUGUGAUGACCCAAUUUGCAACCGUUGCUUCAUACAACUUUUCGGAAGUAGAGGAAACUUAUACUGAAAUGAAGCAAAAGUUUGAGUUGUGCCAGAAGAAUUUUGGCAUAUCUGAGGGUAGUUCACAGCCUGAUGAGUUUUUCGGAAUAUUUGAUACUUUCCUAGCUUCAAUGAAAGAUGCUAAACUGGAAAAUGAGAAAAUAAAGAAACAAAAGGAAGAAGAAGAAAAGAGAGUUCAACUUGAAGAAAAACUGAAGAAGGAAAGAGAACAUAGAGCUAUGAAGAAAGGUUCUACAUUAACAACAGACAGUAAUGGUCAGGUUGUCAAUGGAACUGCUCCAAAAGGAGAGUUUGAUGAUCUUGUGUCUGCACUUAGAACAGGAGAUAUAUUUGGAGACGAUCUUGCCAAAAUGAAACGAAAUCGUAAAAGAAUCUCGGCACAAGUUAAUACAUCAAGAGAGCGCGUGAAUUGAUGUUAAAAGUUUGGACACAAAAUUAUUGAUGAUACAAGGUAGCUAGCCUGCAGGGACCAAGUGUGAACAAAAAAUAUUUUACUCGGUAAUUUGAACAAGUAAACAUUUUGUCAUAAGGUUGCAGAUAAUUCAGAGACUUGAUCUAGUGUACAAUUAAGGAUUAUGAAUUGAAAUCUACAAAUGAAGUUUUAUCUACCACAAUUUCUUAGUAAUGAAGAAUUCACUUCAAGCUGCUAUAACAAUGAAGUUUUAGCCGUAUCCACUUUUGUCUUCAAGCCAAGACAGUGUUCUGAUUCAUAUUUCGGCAAUAGAAGCAUGCUAAGUGUGUUAGUAACACUUACAAUUAAGAAUACAAAGUAAGGUAACUUAGGUGCUCAUUCUUUGCUAAGAAGAAGAAUUUAUUUUUCUCCUUUUUCAGUAUAGAUGUGGAGCUAAAUCAUUUAUCAUCGUUUUUUGUUGUUUUUUUCAGUAUUUGAAUUAAUUUCGAUCAUGACUUUGCUAAAUGUUAGUGCACUUUGUUUGUACAGGAGAAAAAAAAUUGAUUUCAGUUGUCAACUAAAUGUAACAGAUGUCAAUUGACAACAACCUUAAUAUGGCAAUAAAGAUAUUGCUAAAAUAUUUCUAUUUCUGUAUUGAUUAACUUGGGUUGAUUAACUUAGGUUUUAUUUGAAUCAUUGGUAAAUGUUGCAUUGUCUUUCGAUCUAUAAAAAAACAACAUCUUAUAAUAUUAAGUUAUAAAUCCUCAAAACAAUUUAGUUGAUGAAAUAUUUGAAUGCUUGCAUGCAUGCAUUGUUUGUAUUUUAUAUACUUGUAUAUUGAACAGUGUGACCUUUUUUAAAAUAAGGAAUAGUUUCUUUUUCGUUGUUAUGUAUGCAGUUGUAUUUGAACACAUAUCAUUUGAUUAUCUCCCUUGGACUGUACCCUUUUGUAUUUUUAACAAGGAUGUCCUUAAAAUACUUAUACAUUUAUCAUAACUGCAUCAAAAGAUUUUAUGUCAGCCAUAUUUGAAGAUCUGCAAAAAAAUAUUAUUUUUGUUUUUGGCUUUUUUGUUUGUUUUGUUUUUUCUUAGAAUGAAACAAUAAUUUUGUGGAAUAAGAGAUAAAUUAAGUUGAUACACAGUUAGUCAAUCAAUGACUGGUUGUGUGAUAUAUUGUAAGUUUUAUUGUAGUUGUUAGUGGAAAUGUGUGGCAAGUCUAGCUGCCUAUUUUAUUUUGUAGUUUUAUGUUUGUUACAGAGUCUUUCAUUGAGAUUAUAAUCUUGUGUGUUAUUACUUUCCUUUGGUGCAAUAUUUUAUAUAGGUACAUGUUUUCUGUAUGCUUUUUCUUUUUUCAAACCAACAACAUCAUUUUAUUUUUCAUGUUGACAGUUUUCAGUUGUAGUUUAGUUAAUGAGAGUUUUCAUUAUAAGUAAUAUGAAAUAAUAAUGAAUUAUCCCACAAUCACAACUCUAUCCAUAAUGCUUCAAAAGAUGCCAUUUAUUUUUUCCUUUAAAACAUAUUUUGAAAUAAUUACCAAACAAAUACAAUAACAUAAAUGAAUUUUCUUUAUCAACAUUUAAAGUUAUGUAUGUAGAUCAAAUUUUCACUAAAAUGGGAUGAAUUCUUUUAUUACUGUAAUUAUCUCCCUUUACCUGUGAUUUGAUUGACAUGUCUUAGUUCCCUGUUAGUACUAUUGCAUUUAUGCAAUGAAAAGAAAAAAGAAAGUUAAGGUGUUUAACUCUCUUUAUAUGCCUGGCAUUAAUGUUUUAAGAAUGAUAGAAUUAUGUAUGUUUACACUAUAGGGCUGUAUGUACAUAUAUAAAUUUGUAAAAUGUAAUAUAUUUGUAUAUUUUGUACAAUUAGACGGAAUUACUUCUUGGGUAUACAAACAAUUAUAUAUAUAAACAUGUACAUGUAUAAACAUGGAAACAAUUUGUAUACAAUAGGAAAUUCAAUCUGUAUAAAUGAAAAAAUAUGGCUUUUUAAUUGUUUGCAAAGAUUUGUUUGUUCCUUAAAUAGCAUAGAAUAUUUGCAGACCUGACAUUAAAAAUAUGUUAAAGUGACAAAUAAGCAACACCAGUAGAAUGUAAUAAUAAAAGCUGUGCAUGACCACAGAUUUAUAUUACUAUAAAUCUGUGGUAUGACAGAAAUGCUGUUAGAUAUGUCUUUAAAUUAUUAUAUAAAUUUAUAUUGAUUUAGUUUACAAUUUAGAGAUUCAGUGAUCACUACUGGUAACUUAAACAUUUAUUUUUAUAAAAAUUGAAUAAAAUGCUUUAAAUUGACUGAAAAUGGCCUUUACUUUCUUCUUCCAUUAUGAAAACCAAUGUUGUAAAAAUGUUAUAUUCUGUACAGUUGAUGACUGACUAUUUCUAGUGAUUUUGUCCAAAAAAAAUGUCAUUUAGUUGAUGAAAGUUUAAACCAAUAUCACAUUUUUCCUGAUCAUUGUUAUGAUUGAAACUUGUAGAGAAAAAUAAGUUAUUUUAACCUACUAGGUGGUGACUUUUGUUACACUUCAUUCUUCGCUGACUUUAGUUCAAUAUCAUAUAGAAUAGGAUGUUUGAUAUUGAAUGCUGGAAGUCAAUAUAGACCCAUGAUUCUGUAAAUUUUGAGAGAAAAAAUCUUGUAAAGCAGUAUACAACAGUGUAGUAAUUUCUAAAGAGACUUGUAUUCUGUUUAUAAACUUGUAUAAUUCAGUUAUAUGAAUUGUUCAGUAUAUUCCCCAUGUAUUAUAUGAUGUACAUGUAUCUUAGUAGAUAUAUUGUGUGAACUGUCACGUUUUGUAUUGUUCCUAUUUAUUUUCUACUAUUCCAUUUUGAAUAAAACUAUGUUUAUAAUG